AUGCCAGCUGUCAUUUUAUGUAAAUGUUCGAAUUUCGAUUGGUCAAGUGUCAGGUUGUUAUUGAAUUGAAAAGAAGUCACGACGAUUUUCAUCUACUAUUUUUCUAUACAUAAUUUCAACAUUUUUUAAAAUUAAUAUUGAUUUCUCCCUAUAUAACAAAUUCUCGGUAGUUAAAACCUUUCUACGGGACGGAAUCCCACUCGAAUCUUCGAAUACAAAAACCAAAACUGCACUGAUAAAAAAGUAUACAUUGGGCCCUGAAGUUGUGAUGGAAUCUCAGACGCAGAAUCGCAGACGGAAAGUGUCAACAGUGGAGGGUUACAAAUGAUCUGAGCCUCGGUUCGCGGAUCGUGUAAAGUACAAGUGAACAUUCUGUCGAUCGCUGGUCGCCAAUCGACCGCUCUAUGUGCGCGUGACGGUGACAUGAGCACAAACAACAAGAGACGCGGAACUAGCGGUUCCAGUUGUGCCGUUCCCGGGGUGCACGCGCUCGUCAGUGCGCCCACUGCCAUGUCCGCCGACCUAGCGUCUCUGUUCGAAUGCCCCGUGUGUUUCGACUAUGUGCUGCCGCCCAUCCUGCAGUGCCAGAGCGGGCACCUCGUGUGCUCCAGCUGCCGGCCCAAGCUGUCCUGCUGCCCCACGUGCCGCGGCCCGCUCGGCAACAUCCGCAACCUCGCCAUGGAGAAAGUGGCCAGCAACGUGAUGUUCCCCUGCAAGCACUCCAACACCGGCUGCACCGUCACGCUGGUGCACACGGAGAAGGCGGAGCACGAGGAGGCCUGCGAGUUCCGGCCCUACUCCUGCCCGUGCCCCGGCGCCUCAUGCAAGUGGCAGGGCGGGCUCGACCAGGUCAUGCCCCACCUUAUGAUGUCCCACAAGAGCAUCACGACACUCCAAGGCGAAGACAUUGUGUUCCUAGCGACAGACAUCAAUUUACCGGGAGCCGUGGACUGGGUCAUGAUGCAGUCUUGCUUCAACCAUCACUUUAUGUUAGUGCUUGAAAAGCAAGAAAAGUUUGAUGGUCAUCAACAGUUUUUUGCAAUCGUGCAGCUUAUAGGUUCACGGAAGGAAGCCGAAAACUUUGCAUAUCGGCUGGAACUUAAUGGACAUAGACGACGACUAACUUGGGAAGCCAUGCCGAGGUCUAUCCACGAAGGGGUCUCGUCCGCCAUCAUGAACUCUGACUGUCUUGUGUUUGAUACGUCCCUCGCACAACUGUUUGCAGACAAUGGCAACCUGGGGAUUAAUGUCACAAUAUCUAUUGCCUAAUUACCAACAUUGCUGUAUUGUAGCAAUAGUAUGUAUGCUCUCGCACUUAUUCAUCUGAUGUGUUCACACUUGAGCAUUUCUAUUGUCAUCUUGAGUUUCGUACUUAAGUCUUUGAAAUGUCAUACUGUGAACACUAUGGGCAGACAAGAAAUGCCCAAGUGUGAAAGCCUCAGUUCAGUUUUAAGUAUAAUUUAAUAAUACUGUUAUGCCAAUGAAAGGAUACCACAAUAGAUAGAAAUAUUAUAUAGAAUUGAAAUCAAUAUUUUUGUGGAAUACACACAAAAAUUGUAAUUUUUUGUAUUGAAAUAUCUAAUCAAUAUAAUCAACAUAAAAGUAAGCCAAAAACAAUUCUUUUCGAUUUUAUUAUAAUUGUGUGUUCAAUAUUAGACAUAAGUAGGUGAAAGGAACUUCUGAAGGCCAUGAACAUUGCAUAUAAAUAAAUACUACUCUUCUAAACAAUGAACAAAUAAAAUGAACUAAAAAUUUGUAUUAAAUGUGUGAACAUGUUGGAACAAGUUCUAUGCUAAAUUUUAUAUUAUGUACACAAAACCUUAUAGUAUAAAAAUGUUGAUUAAAACUGAUUUCAUUGGAUUUAAAAUUGUUGAUAAAUGAUGAGCUCAUCUAAUAAUGAGGUCCUGUAGUACUUGAAAAACAGUCACAAUUCAUUUUUAAUUAGAAGAUUUAAAUUAUUCUGCUUUUCUUCCAGCUCAACCAAUAACUUUCAUUGCUUCUCAAAAGGGUGUCAGCCCAUAGAUAGGGAGGGAAGUUGAUAAAGUUACGGAGGAUGAGAAAAAUAUUAAAUGUAAAUAGAAUCAAAAGCAAUUUCUAUAACAAUUGCCAUAAAGGUAUAGUUAUACCAAAUGGCAAUAUGGCAAUUUGUUAUAGCAAAGCAACACAACUGAGUGACCUUGGGACUUGGGGUUGCUUUGCUUUAAGAUAUAAAGGUCUCUGAUACUUGGUGAUGCCCUUGUUACAAGGCUGUCCUUACCUAUUAUACAUUUAUAUAUAUUAAAUUGAUUUAAAAACUGAGAAAAGUGGAUUUUCCAAUGAAAAUGUAAAAUUAUAUCUAGCUCUCUUUAACUGCAACCUUGUCCAUCCAUUGUUUUAAAAUUUUAAACAAAUACUGUAUCAACACAAAUUAAUAAAAUAUAGGGAAUUCAUUUAUUAGGAUACAUAUGUAUUACCUACCAUUUAUUAUGUAUAAUCAAAAAUAUGCAUGUGAAAUAAUAUAUCUUUUGUAAAUGUUUUGUUUUGUAUAUGUUUUAUAUUUGCAUGGUUUAAACUUCAAAUAAUUCCAAAUAAUCAAUCAUUUUUUUAAAUAUACUGAUUCCAAACAUUGAUAGUUAUUAUUUAAAGAAAACAAUUUUAAUCAACAUAGAAAAUGCAUGCAUUUUAGAAAAAAAUUAUGGCAUGAAGUCAAUGACAUUUAUAAUUUUGUAAACAUAAUUUAUUGAAAGAAUAUUCAAUCAAUCUGAUAUAGUUUUUUUUUGACGAUCUUUGAAGGCAACUCACCAUUUCUCUUAUUUUGCAUGAAAUCGACUAGUUAAUUUUAUAUAGGUGUGCAAAAUGAAGUCUCAGUUAUACUAAAUUAGAUACAUAUAUUAUUAUUUUAAUUACUUAGUGUAAAUUAUCCGCUAUUGUUUUAUUUAUGCAAACCCCAUGUUACUUAAUUGUAGAGUUAUAACUUCAAAAUAUAUGUUUAUCACUUAUAGCAUAAGAGUCAACAACUGAAAUUAAAUAAGUGAAAUGUUAUUUAGCUUAACACAAGAGUUACCAUUGGUAACUGUAGAUUCCAUAAAAUGUUAUCAGUUGGUUUAUCUAAACACAUUUUUGUUAGAGUUAAUUAUGUUUCAAUUAGGGAAGGUAUAAAAUGUUUUUAUUAUUUUUCUAAUCUUAGACAAUGUAAGAUUGAAAUUUAAGAUGUAGCUAACCGAAAUGCAAUUUCACAUCAAAUUAUCCUAAUUUCUUGGCAACUUCGUUCGUAACACUCCCGAAGAUCCGCGCGGGCCGGGGGCGUGUAGCGAUGAAUGAAAACCCCACGGCUGAUGAUCCUCGCUUCCCCGCACGCACGAUUUCACACCCGUCUUUCCCCCCGUCACCCGCAUACCAUGGGAGUGUCAUCAAAAAAAACUUGCCAGACUAUAGCUAUAUAUCUUUAAUGUCAUGACUAAUUAUCAGCUGCAGCUGAGUUACACAGGUUUUUAGGCUUUUAAAUACCUCCUUAAUUAACUUGUUGAACUCUUGGCUUAUAGUGUGUAAUAGGAUAUUUGUACUUGUAUAAUUUAAAAUCAUUUCUACACAUAAGGUAAAAAGUAAAACCAAGAUUGAUAAAAUUCUGGUUGUAUAAAUAAAUUUUUUAAUGUAC